AAAUACAAACGUCCCUGGACCUGACUAGAAAAAGAAAAACCCUAAUCGUAUCUCUCCUCCGAUUGUACUGAUCUUGGAGCCUCUGUUGCAGGGAAAGAACCCAACUUGCUACUCUCUCUCUCUCUCUGUGUCGUGGUGGUGGCAAUGAGGGGGAGGAGCUCAGGCUGGGAGGUCUCCUUCCUAGUGGCAUUCUUCCUGGCAGUACAGCACCUGGGUCUGGUCACCGCCCAGGGGACCAAUUCCUCACGUUGGCAAACCUUAAGCGGUAAUGCCCCUGCAAUCAUAGCUAAGGGAGGCUUUUCAGGGCUUUUUCCUGAUUCCAGUGCAUAUGCCUUCCAGUUUGCACUUGCUAUUAGCUCAAGUGAUACAAUUCUUUGGUGUGAUGUGCAAUUAACAAUGGAUAAAGUUGGGAUUUGUGUACCGGAUAUAAAAUUAAACAACUGCACUAACAUUGCAAGUGUUUAUCCUAGCCGAGAGAAGGUUUAUGAUGUUAAUGGCGUGCGUACACCAGGCUGGUUCUCUGUGGACUAUACAUUGAGCGAGCUAACACAGUCUGUUGCAUUAACGCAAGCAAUUUAUUCUCGGCCUGAUGGAUUUGAUAACAUGUUUCCUAUCCUUGCUGUUGAUGAUGUAACACAAUUUAGGCCACCUGGUCUUUGGUUGAAUAUACAGCAUGAUAUUUUCUACAGGAAGCACAAUUUAAACAUGAGAAGCUAUGUGCUUUCUGUGUCAAGGCGUGUUAUUGUCAACUAUAUCUCGUCACCAGAGGUGAAUUUUCUCAGAAGUAUAGAAGCAAGAUUUAGAAAAAGCAAAACAAAGCUUGUUUUUCGCUUUCUUAAUCAAGACAUUCCUGAACCUUCUACAAAUCAAACAUAUGGUUUGCUGUUGAAAAAUCUUACAUUUAUCAAGACAUUUGCCUCUGGAAUUCUUGUCCCCAAACAUUACAUUUGGCUUGUGACAUCUGAUAAUUAUCUACAAUCCUACACUUCCAUCGUCAUGGAUGCCCAUAAAGCAGGGUUGGAAAUCUUUGCAGCAGACUUUGCAAAUGACAAUAUUAUUAGCUACAAUUACAGUUAUGAUCCUUUAUCUGAAUAUCUUUAUUUCAUUGACAAUGGGUUCUUCUCUGUUGAUGGUGUGCUGACAGACUACCCUAUAACUCCAUCAGAGGCUAUUGGUUGCUUUUCUCAUAUAAACAAGAGCAGCAUGGAUCAUGUAAGGCCUCUCAUUAUCUCGCAUAAUGGAGCUAGUGGAGACUACCCCGACUGCACUGAUCUGGCUUAUCAGAAAGCGGUUAAAGAUGGUGCAGAUGUAAUUGAUUGCCCUGUUCAAGUAACAAAAGAUGGAAUUCUCAUAUGCAUGAGCUCGAUUGACCUUCUGAGUGAUACUACGGUAACAAGAUCACCUUUCAGUUCCCGUACUUCUAUUAUCCCGGAUAUUAAGGGGACUCCUGGAAUUUAUACUUUUAAUCUCACAUUGGAUGAGAUUCAAAAGUACUUGCUACCCACCAUAUCAGCUCCUGAGUUAGGAGGUUAUAACUUGGUGCGAAAUCCACGGUACAAGAAUAAAGGGAACUUCACCACAUUAAAUGAUUUUUUAGCCUUUGCAAAAGACAAGGAUCUAUCCGGAAUCUUGAUCACCAUAGAGCAUGCAGCAUUCAUGGCAGAGAAAUUACAAUUUAGUGUAACAGAUGCUGUCAUCAAUGCCACAAGUUCUGCCGGUUAUAACAACCAGAUAACACCAGCCGUUAUGAUUCAGUCAACGAAUAGUUCUGUUCUGAAGAAGUUCAAGCAGCAGACCAAGUACAAACUUGUUUACAAGAUAGAUGAAACGGUUCGCGAUGCUGUCAAUUCCUCGAUUGAAGAUAUUAAAGAAUUUGCUGAUUCUGUGGCCAUUGACACAGAUUCCAUCUAUCCCGAAACUCAAUUGUUCAUUGCCACACAAACUGAUAUCGUGAAUAAGUUGCACAAACAUAACCUUUCUGUGUAUGUAUAUCUUCUUCAGAAUGAAUUUGUAUCUCAACCAUGGGACUUUUUCUCAGAUGCAACUGUCCAGAUUAAUUCAUUUUUCAAGGGAGCUGAGGUGGAUGGAAUCAUCACUGAUUUUCCAGGGACAGCUAGAACAUACAAAAGAAAUUCUUGUAGGAAUUUGGGAUCUCGGAUGCCCGUCUUUAUGGAGCCCGUUGAACCUGGAGCUUUGCUGCAACUCAUCCCUGCAGCGUCACAGCCUCCGGCCUUAGCUCCUAUGCCAGUUCUCAAUGUCUCUGAUGUGGUGGAGCCGCCUCUGCCUCCUGUUGCAUCAAAGACACCCCCUCCCACCGGAGGAACUACACCAUCACCUUCUCGGCAGCCAUCUGAUGGGCCACGAUGCACUGCAUCAUUCUUCAUCUCACUAGCAAUGCUCUGUGCAUCCUUUCUAUUCAUAUGAGUCAACUGCAUGCAUGAUCUUAUCUUUGGACUGACUGACCUGAAUCUUCAACUAUCGAUGGCCCACCCGCUGAUCCACUUUAUUUUUGUUCAUUAUCAUUCCUUUUGUAUUAUCAUCAUCAUUUUUUUUUUUUUCUGUAUGGGAUUCUAUCCUUAAUCAUUUUCUAUGGUGUGGUAAGCAUCUGGUCAUCCUGUAAGCAUUUCACACAUACAAUGGAAAUAGAUCAUUUGCACUUGCUCUUCACAAAAAUUA